CCGGUAUCUAUUGCGCCUGCGUCAUAGUAAUUGUAACGGAAGUGGCUCGCCUCUCACACAGCCAGGCUGUCUGACUGACACUGAAUGAAAAACGCACUGAUUUCGACUCCAGAAUGAUGACAUUUUUACCCAAACUGCUGCUGCUGGCGCUGAUAGCGUUCCCGGCGACAUUCCUCAUCAAAGGGCCGAUGGUGAGUGCCCAGGAUCUGACGGAGGACGAGGAGGCGGAGGCUGAAGCUGAGACUGAAACUGUGGACGUGGAUGAAGACGUUGUGGACGAUGCAACGGAUGAAGACGACGAGGCGGAAGUGGAAGACGAUGAAAACGUGGAACUAACGGAAGAAAAAGAAGAUGAAGAGGAGGAGGCGUUGGUUGGAGAGGUGAAAGCUUCUCCUAACGCCGACACCACCAUCCUGUUCGUCAAAGGAGACGAUUUCCCUGCCAACGACGUCGUAAAGUUCCUGCUCGGCUUCAGCAACAAGGGAUCAGAAAACUUCAUCGUGGAGUCUCUGGAUGCCUCCUUCAGAUACCCUCAGGAUUACCAGUUCUACAUCCAGAACUUCACGGCGCUGCAGCUCGGCAUUGAAGUCCCCGGGGGUCGGCAGGCCACCUUCGAGUACUCCUUCAUCCCCGCAGAGCCCAUGGGGGGGCGGCCGUUUGGACUCGUCAUCAACCUCAACUAUAAGGAUGGCAACGGAAACAUUUUCCAGGACGCAGUGUUCAACCAGACCGUGACCAUCACAGAGAGAGAGGACGGAAUAGACGGAGAGACGAUCUUCUUGUACGUCUUCCUGUCCGGCCUUGGGCUGCUGGUCGUUGUCGGCCUGCACCAGCUGAUGGAGUCCAGGAAGAGGCGGCGUCCGGCUCCAAAGGUGGAGAUGGGAACAUCCAGCCACAACGACGUGGACCUGAGCUGGAUCCCUCAGGAAACACUCAACCAGAUCAACAAAGCGUCUCCAAAAAUAUCUCCUCGCAAAAGAAAUCAGAAACGCUCAGCCGGCUCCGACGAGUGACGGCGCCCGACACCACGGGACUAACCUUCAUCAUCCCGUCUUAGAAGAGCAGGAGGAGGAAGAGGAGGAGGGAUGAGAGCGCACUCUGCCCUCUCUACUGAGGAACUUUGACCAGUGCCAAGCACAGCGAUGACUGGCUCUUUACUUAGCUUAAGAACUGUACAACCUACACACACACACACACACACUUUCAUGAGGCUGUCAGAGGGAGUGAAGAGGAUCCUGAACCAGGUGUGUUGGGUUUUAAGGGGAAGACAUUUCUCUUACGGUUGUUGGUUUUUCUUUAAGAUUAUAUUUGUUGUUAAAGCCUCAGUAUGACUGCUGAUGUCAUCAUUGUGAGACCGUUUGAUUGUUUUUUUACCUCCUUUUCUGAUAUCAGGCUGGGUCUUUGAUUCAAUUAAGCAAUUAACCAGCUGAGAUAAUGAAGUCAUCAGUUGAUUCACGUUCAAGAGAAAUGCCUGAAUAUCUUCUAGUCAAACUUUUCCUUCUUUAUUUCUCUUUCUGUCGGUAAACUGAGUAUCUUUGGCUUCAGGACUGUUGUUCAGGCAAAAUAUGUUAUCAAGUCGUCUUGUGACAGACAUCAGUAACUAUUUGAGAGAACCUGAUUAAGUAUUUUGCGUAUGACUUUAGAAAUGGCACCAGGAUCACGGUAACACAUGCAGUUUUUGUUUUUGGAUUGAUUUGUUGUUUCACUGCACAGAUUCUGGUGUUGGCGGUCACACAUAACAAUGAAGCUUCUUUUUUCAAAAUGUCAGAAGGACUCAGUCACUCUUUUUGCAAGUACAACAUCUCAUAGAGUUCAUUUUAUACCCUGGGUGUGACAUGACGGCAAAACAAAAGUGAAAAAUACAAGAACAUCUGAAUGUGUGACAUUGCUGGUUUCUGCUGACAUGUUCUCAUUUUAAAACCUUUGAACAUCACAUUUAACAAAAUGGGAAGCACAGAUUAAGUAUUAAACAAUAACUUAAAACAUAUUUUUAAUUUAUUUGAUUAUCGAUCAAUUUUUUCAGCCAACAACGUGAAGAAUACCCUGGUUCCCACUUCCUCAAUGUGAAUGAAUAACUUGAAGUGAGUGGAGCGAGGUGCCCUUUAACCCGACACACUGAGGUCUCGUCAUGUGAACACACACACACACACACACUGGGUUAUGAACAUCUUAAAGAGUUAGUCUAGCCCUGGACGUGUGCCUGUUUUCUACUCCUGUCUGUUAAUCAAUCAGAACAAUAACUUCCCACUUACUGAAUUGAAAUCUUUGUUUUUUAUGUUAUGUUUUCUUUUGAAUUGUAAAAUGUCUCCCUGGCUGAAGCACUGGUGUAAAUACUGGCUGAUGAUGAGCAGAAAUUACUGAGCUAAUUUAUUAGAGUGACAGAUUGGGUUUGUGCACUGUUUUUUCUAUUUUGUUUUACCACUAGGGGGCAACACAGACUUUGGUUUACACUUCCUGUUGUGCAGAGUUUGGAUAUAAAUGAUCCAAUACACACCGCAGGAAGUCUGAUCCAGUCUGAGCGGAUGUAGGGGUUAUUUUGUUCUUUUUCUAAAAUAACGGGGCUGUCGUUCAUAGAUGCAAGCGUCUUUUAUUUGCUUUUAAAUGUGCAGGAAAUAAACUUGAUGAUUUGCAUUAUU